AUGGACGAUCAAAAGCCUUCAGAGGAAUGGCAUCAAGAGGCUGGGGAUGUCGACCCGACUGUUGUAGCUCUUGCAGCUAGUUACAGACCUGGUACGGAGGAAGAACGCAAGUUGGUUCGAAAGAUUGAUUUACGUCUUUUGCCAUGUAUUUGGGCUUUGUACGCGAUGUCCUUCAUGGACAGAGGUAAUAUCGGAAACGCAAAGACCGGUGGACUUCAAGCGGAUUUCGGAUUCAACUCUAACCAAUAUUCCAUCAUCCUGCUUGUCUUCUUCGUCUCGUAUUUGAUCUUUGAGAUACCCUCGAAUCUCAUUCUCACCCGUGUCCGUCCCUCCCUGUACCUAAGUGGUCUAUGUAUAAUCUGGGGAGCCGUAGCCGCCAGUAUGGCAGCCACUAAAAACUGGAAAACUUUGGCCGUCACUCGUUUCGUACUUGGUAUAGUGGAAGCUGGUUUCGCUCCCGGGAUCGCCUACUAUCUAUCCUCCUGGUACAAGAAAUAUGAAGUUGCUACCCGAUUCAGUAUCUACUACACUGCCAUCGCCGUCGCUGGAGCUUUCUCUGGUCUUAUCGCCGGUCUCAUCACUCAACAUUUGGAUGGUAGACGUGGUAUUCAGGGAUGGCAAUGGUUGUUUAUUAUCGAAGGUGUAGGAUCUUGUUUCGUAGGAUGUUUCACUUGGUUCAUCAUGCCUGAUUGGCCGACAACUACCAAGUUUUUGUCACCUGAGGAACGUCUUCUGGCCGCACAACGUUUGGCAUAUGAUGGAUUGGCCAAUACUCAAGGUGCACAAGAGAGACUUGGGCAUUGGGAGACUGUCAAGAUGGCGUUGGGAGAUUGGCGAAGUUGGGUGUUUGUUAUUAUGUACAUGCUUUGCACCGGUGCUCAGACCAUUCAAUACUUCGUCCCUACUCUCGUCGGAGCUCUCGGAUGGACCGGUUAUCAAGGUCAAUACCACACCAUUCCUCUUUACGCAUGUGCUUUCUGCUGUAUCCUCGGGUUCUGUAUUUGGGCCGAUUACGCUCAAAAGAAGGCUAUAUUCAUCACCGGUCUAGCGUUCACAGCUGGUACUUUCUUCAUCAUCGUCGUAGCUGUUCAUAACACAAAAGUUCAAUUCGCUUUCAUGACAUUAGCAUUCGGUAUGACAUAUGCCGUCUGUGCUCUAGUUUUAAUGUGGGUACCAAACGUCGUCGCAUUCCCAGCGGAAAAAAGAGCCGUAUCGAUCGCUUUGGUCAACGGUUUAGGUAAUUCAGCAUCCAUCUAUGGUGUUUUCCUUUGGCCAGCUAAAGAUGCACCUCGAUACAUCCCUGGAUUCAGUGCGACGACAGUAUGGAUGUUUUUGGUUGGAAUCUUAGCGCAGGUGAUGAAUUACUUAGUGAACAAAUAUCCUUUGGUCGCUCCAGACCCGGAAGUUGUGGUUCAACAGGAAAUUGAGAAACAGAGGGCGAAAGGUUUGAUAGUGUGA